AACUUGCAGCAUUUGUUACUUAAUAUUGUCACGCAGUAAAACGAAGCUAACUGGCAGAGCAAAACAUUUCCAGAUUUCUGCAUGUGACAACAACUACACGUUAAAACGUCCUUGUUAAAAUCAAACAAGAUAAAUGAAGAGAGUUUUUCAAGAGGAGGUUUCAUUAUCUCUUUCCAGAGAAGGAAAUAUGUUUGAUACUCUUGGACUCAUUUGUAUGAUUUCGUGGUAUAUGAUGCUAUUUCAUCCCUUGCAUGCUGAUAUCCAGUGUAUGGAGUCAGACAGACAGGAAUCACCUAUUACAAAUGUGAAUGCAGACUGGAGAAAAAUGGAACUCUCCUGGGAGAGCAGCAGGAAUUUCUCUGAGUACAAAUGUAUCAUCAUGGACAGAGGCAUGGAAUAUAUAGACACAGAGGUGGAUAGUCCACUAUGCAGCUUUCCAGUGGAACUAUACAUGCCUCUGCACAAAGGGGUAACCUUUAUCAUUGAAGUGCCAAACACAAACAUCUCAAAACAAUGCAGCUUUCUCCCUGGAGGCAUGAAGGGGUCGGCCAUUGAAAACUUCUCCUGUGUGAUUUAUAACAUCUUCCUCAUGAACUGCACUUGGCAGGCAGGAAGGGAUGCUCCAGCAGACACACAGUAUUUUCUCUAUUGGCAGAAUUCAAUAGAUGAAGAGGAGAUGGAAUGUGAGCUUUACAUUAAAGAUGAAAAUUGCAGAAAUGUGGGAUGCAUCUUCCAAAAUGUGAGCAUAGGGAUGGAAAAGGCUUAUUUCCUGGUGAAUGGGUCUAGCAAAGACUCCCUGAUCCAGUUCUAUGAUGAGUACAUUGACCUGUAUAAAAUUGAAAUACUCACUGCUCCAUUAAAUGUCACUGCCCAUUGUACCAGAGAUAUUAUGGGUUGCAUAAUUACGUGGCAUCCACCCCUUACAAGUCAUGUGGAAAACACAAAAUGUUUUCAGUAUGAAAUUAGCAUACAAAAUAAGGAUGAGCCCAAAGAAGAGAAAAAGCUUCCUCGUGUAAGGAAUGACAGAUAUGAAUUCCAAAAUUACAAUGAGAAAAAAAGAUACACUCUGAAAAUCAGAGCACGUGGGAAAAACUGUCUCGUAAGCUCAAAUUGGGGGGAAUGGAGUGAACCCAUUGAGUUUGGUCAAGGGAAAGAUUACUUUAUUUUUGUGAUUUUAUUUCUGAUUGCACUUGGAACAAUCACAAUCACACUUCUCCUGUAUUGUCUUUUCAAAAGGUACUGCAGUUUCAAGAACCUAUUUCCUCCCAUACCACAACCGAGAGACAAAUUCAAUGCAUUAACUGAUGAAGAUAUCCAGACAGAAUAUUUAAGUCUACCAAUAAAAAGUCAUACUGAGAAAAUAACUACAAUUGAAGAAUGAUCCAACUUUCCAAAAACACACCCGAUUCCCCAACAUGAAAGAAAAUUGUGGAUCCUGCUGACAAGUACUUCAAACCAGCCUAUAAAAGAAUGUAAUCACCUAUAGAACUGUUUGUCCCUUUAAAAUCCACUUAAAAUGGAGCAGAUGAAAAAAGGGAGAAAAAUCACCAAAAUUUGAUCUUUUCCCUUUGUUCAAACCCACAAUGCCUGGCAACUAAGCUUUUCUGCAAGCAGCUACUUUGAAGAAGUACUUAAACCUUGCUAAGAGGUUCUUCACAAUGUGAGACAAACCUUCUUAACCAGAAUACAGCUGUUACUUCUUGUCGUCAUUGCUAUGAAGCUUCUUUCCUCUCAUUACAAUGAUUUCCUGUAGGCUGACAGCCUUGCUGUAUAAUGUCACAGCAAUUUUAUUGUAACUUUUAUAUGGCCAGUUAUUUUCUGAAGCGCAAACCAGCUAUUUAGAAUGUGUUUAAAUUUGGUCUUCCAUCAGUACCACCACACUACCCCAAUAUGUGCAAUUAACAUUAUGCAAGACAAGAACGGAAAAUAAAAUUAUAUUUGUCAAAUAUAA